GCUGUUUUCGCUCCUGGAUCAUUUUACUCUCUCACGCUGGACUUUCCAAUUACGCACAGCGGAGCUGUCGUCUCUGGGAACAAACCCAAAAAAAGAGCAUAGUGCCUGCAGUGUGUUUUUCUGUCUCUCCUGGAAAAAAAAACAUGUAUAUUUACUUUAAAAAAGCUGUCUCGCGCUGAGAAAACGAGGCUACAACUGCGACUACAAGAGUUGUGUUCUGUUUCCCUGAAAGCUGUUUCCCCCGUGAACUUCCUCUGAAAUCUUGCCCAUGCUUGUUGGCUUUAUUUAAUGUCUGCUGUGCGCCUUCUCCUCUGGUAAAACGCUGCUGACCCGGCCUCACCAUGUCCUGGUUGUUGGCCAUGUGGAUUAGCCUUGGCUUCCUGCUGCUGUGCCAGGCCACUCUCUACCAGACCAUCCAGCAGCACCAUGUGGCCCGGCCCGGUCGCACCGACAUCCUCACCCUGGAGGGAGGUACAUGUGAGGUGAUUGCCGCCCACCGGUGCUGUAACAAGAACCGUAUUGAGGAGCGUUCUCAGACUGUCAAGUGCUCCUGUUUACCGGGGAAAGUGGCCGGGACGACACGCAACAAACCCUCCUGUGUGGAUGCGUCCAUUGUAAUUGGGAAAUGGUGGUGUGAGAUGGAACCAUGUCUGGAGGGAGAAGAGUGUAAGACUCUGCCUGACAACUCUGGAUGGAUGUGCUCCUCCGGGAACAAAAUCAAGACCACAAGAAACACCCAGCCAUACUCCCCUUUUUAGCUUCCGGAAGCAAAAUGCAGAGGAUGCGUCAACAGAAAUUGAGCUGCAUUCUUGCUUCUGUAAAGAUUCAUCCGAGGACCUAACAGAGAGCUCCCAUUGCAAGGCUGCGUGCCAGGCUUUUUUCCCCCCACCAUCUACCCUUUCUCUCACCUCCGAACGGACUAAAAACUAUUACAUCCACGGCAACCGACUGGAUUACCUGGGACCACAGAAAGGAUAUCCACCCAGAUAAAAACAGCUUUGCUCGUGUGGUGCCAAGGAUUUGAAACCAGACUAAUCCCCUGUUUGAUCAAUGAGCCCCAUGUUGGUGACUCUUCUCUUCCUCACAGCUGUGGCCAGUUUCAAACCGACUGUCUCUGUUUCCUUCCCUCUGCUCGCCCUUAGAGACUGAUGCAGCUUUCCACGUGGUUAAAACAUGAUUUGAUUGACGUGCACCCUGCCUGAAGGUGAGGCGGCAGAGGAGCUUACACAGACCUCAAUUUGAGCAUGGAACGGAGGGUGCAAGGAGGGAAAUAACUUUGAUAUCUUUUUAUUUCUGUGUGGAAGGUAUUUGACUUGCUACCCUAGCAGGAUGGCCUUGCCGAGAACGCUCUGUGGAAAUUUGGUUCGAAACACUUUUUCGGAGAACAUGAGCCGCCUAGUUGAUUCAGAAUCCUUCUGGCUUCACCUUCAUCCUUCAUGAUGGACUGUACUCGAGGGCAUGCCCAAUGUACAUUCAAGCGCACCUCUUUCUUUGUAUGUAAAUUAAUUGUGUAUAUAUACAUAUAUAAAUACAUGACAUAUAAGAUGACAGAUCCAAGAAGCUGAAAAAUAUAUUUAAGACUCUUACAGUGGCGUAUUGACGAGGCGUUGUCCCAGUAUGAUGUAUGUAGGAAGCCACAUUGGAGUCAUAGCAGUAAGUAUUGGUCCCUUUCGUUUUUCAGCAACGUCCUUGGAAAAGCCGGAGAGUGCUUGUAUUUUCUGUUAAAAAAAGAGGAAAAACACUGUACAGAACUGCCUCACCAGAGAAACAGCACUAAGAACAACCCCUGAGCUUUGCACUCAGAUACAUUAGGGACAGAAAACAGCAGCAGAAAAAGUUGGAGCAUAAUCGGACAGUCAUGGGCGAGUGCUUGACUGUGUUUCUUCUCCUCUCACAGCGCGGGGAGAGAUGAUUUAUUCGAGAUGACAGCGAGAAAGUAUUAGUCACAAUGGAGAAACAUACAGUUAUCCCCCAGUAGAUAAAAGUACA